AAAAUGAUGCUAAUUUCUACCAACUUGACAAACAUAUCAUUCCCUCUCAUAACUCUAAACAGUCAAAAGAAAACCAUCAAUUUAAGAUCCAAAUAUUCAACAAACCAAACCACAAUUUUACCAUUUUUCAACCAAAAAAUGAAUCAAGAAUCACUUCCUCCUCAUGUUCUAAUCUUCCCUUUACCAUUACAAGGUCCUGUAAAUUCCACGUUCAAACUAGCUGAACUUCUUUGUUUUUCUGGCCUAGAUAUUACUUUUCUUUUAACUGAAAAUAUCCAUAAUCGCCUUAUUUCUCAUACAAAUAUUAGUUCAAGAUUUGAACGUUUUCCUGGUUUUCAAAUCAAGACAAUUUCAGAUGGUUUACCUCAAGAUCAUCCACGUAAAGGUAGUAAAUAUAUGGAGUUAUUUGAUUCUUUGAAAUCUAAAACAAAGCCAUUGUUUAAAGAUAUGUUGACUUCUGGUUGGCUUAGUUCUGAUGGGAAAAGAAGAGAAGUUAGUUGUAUUAUUGCUGAUGGAGUUUUGGGAUUUACUUGUGAUGUUGCUAAUGAAAUUGGAAUUCCAAUUUUUAGUAUUCGUACUAUUAGUCCAUGUUGUCUUUGGAUCUUCUUUUGCCUUCCUCAACUCAUUGAAUCUGGUGAAUAUCCUUUCAAAGGUGAUGACUUGGAUGAGCCAAUCAAGAGUGUGCCCGGAGCUGAAACUUUUCUCCGGCGACGUGACCUACCGGACUUUUGCCGUACCGGCGAUUUGACAGACUCAAAUGUCCAACUCUACAAAACAGAGGGUCAAGAAAAUUCACGUGCUUAUGGUCUUAUACUCAACACAUUUGAAGAGCUAGAUGGACAUCUUCUCUCUCAAAUGCGAAAUGUAUGUCCAAACAUAUACUCUAUUGGACCACUCCAUGCACAUUUAAAGAAUAAGCUAAGUGAAGAAAACAAUUCAUUGCCACCAUCUUCAAAUAGUUUAUUUGAAGAAGACAAAAGUUGCAUUAAUUGGCUAAACAAUCAGCUACCGAACUCUGUUAUAUACGUGAGUUUUGGAAGUAUAGCAACUAUGACAAAAGAACAACUCAUGGAGUUUUGGUAUGGUUUGGUGAAUAGUAAGCAAAGAUUUUUGUGGGUUAUUCGGUUGGAUUCUGUUGCCGGAGAUGAUUGGAAAAACAAGAUUCCCGUGGAAUUAGCCGAGGGUACGAAAGAAAGAGGUUAUAUUGUGGGGUGGGCUCCACAAGAAGAAGUAUUGGCACAUCCUUCUGUAGGCGGGUUUUGGACUCAUUGUGGAUGGAAUUCGAUUCUUGAAAGUGUAUAUGAAGGUAAGCCAAUGAUUUGUUGGCCUUAUUUUAUGGACCAACAAGUGAAUAGUAGGUUUGUGGAAGCAGCUUGGAAACUUGGGUUGGACAUGAAAGAUACAUGUGAUAGAGAAAUAGUUGAGAAAAUGGUGAAGGAUUUGAUGGUGGUUAGGAAAGAUGAGUUCUUGGAAAGAGCAAAUCAAAUGUCAAAAUUUGCUAAGGAAUGCUUGAAAGAAGGUGGAUCGUCUUAUUGUAAUUUUGAACGUCUCGUGAAUGAUAUAAAGUCCUUAAGUGAUAAAGUUCGUCAUCAUUGAAAUGACCUUGAAGCUGUUAUAUUUGUUCUUUUUUCCACUUAGGGUAUGCGGAUAUUCGACACGACUAUGAUUUAUGCUCUAGAAAAUAAGGAAAUAAUGAAGAUGAUAUUUAGGGUAGGAUUUGUGUUUGACGCAGUUUGUACGAAGAUGGUGUUCUAUGUUUCUUUUUUUGGAUGUAUUUUCAACAUGAGUUUAAACUUUAUCCACUAUUUUUACACAAUUCUAUCAUUUAAA